AUGCAGAUUCGUGGGCAAAAUCAUCAGGGCCAUGAGGCCAAGCCUCACUCUCGUCCCUACAUGGCGUUUCUUGAGUACCAUGCUUCAGAGAAAAGUUCAUCUGUGGGGGGUCUCCUUGUGCAUGAGGACUUCAUGCUGACAGCAGCUCACUGCUGGGGAAGCUCAAUCAACGUCACCCUGAGGGACCACAACAUCUACCAGCAGGAGAGGACCCAGCAGGUCAUCCUAGUGAGAAGAGCCAUCCUCCACCCAGGCUAUGAUCAUAAUAAGUGGGUCAAUGCUAUCAUGUGACUGCAGGGCGCCUCUGGGGACCCCCUUGUGUGUAACGGCAUGGCCCAGGGCAUCGUCUCCUUUGGAGAAGAGAAUGGGACACCUCCAAAUGUCUACACCAGAGUCUCGAGCUUUCUGUACUGGAUCCAAAAAACAAUGAGCUACUAUAAACUGCAGGGACCAGACUAA